GAAAGAUUACCUGUAAAGGUAAAACAAAAGAAAGCUGAAUAUGGAUAUCGAUAAUCAAAGUGAGAACGAAGAAAUUAAGAAGAAUUCUUCCAAGGACGUGAAUAACAGCGUCUUACAGAAGGAAGAUGAAGACGCAGCCCAAUCCAUGAAUAUUACACCAGUACAAGCGAUUGUUCACCAUCAUAAAUCAAGCUCAUCUUGUCGAAGAGAAAAACAUACCGAAAGAAGAAAUCACAGCAAUGAGAAGGAACGCAAAUCGCAUCAGCAUGAAUGCAAAGACAGGUACAGAGACGAGUAUAAACAUCACAGACAUAUUGAAGAGAACUUAGAAGAGUUUGUGCAUGUAUCUCAGCAACAAAUUAGUUCUUAUCAAGAAAAUGAACAGUUUUUAUCGCGUCUAUACACAUCAAAACAAAAGUUUUUAAAAGAAUAUAGACGGCUCUACCUUGGAACAACAAAAGCCGAAGAGCUUUAUCUCCUGAUUUUAACAAAACUAAAAAAGGCCAUAUCAGAGGGUAAUAUUAAUAACUUCAAACAAUUAAGCAAUUUAAUUGAUUAUACAAAAGAUGUAGAAGACCAAAUAACUUUGAGGAAUUAUUAUGUUCAUGAUAAUAAUCCUAUUAAAAAUACUAAUGUAGUCAUCUUAGCUUGUAAACACAACAAACUAGAACUUCUAGAGUGUCUAUUUGACAGUGAUAAUAGAGUCUUAAAUAAUUUAUCUAUUAAUAUCACAAGAACUAAUAUAUUACCAGAUGACAGAGAUGAAGAAUGUCAUAAUGCGUUUUAUUAUGCUAUACGUUCAGGUAACGUUGAGCUUCUUAAUACCCUAAUCAGUAAAUGGCCGGGUAAUUAUUUUGCUGUUCAUUUGGGAGAGUUGGAUACAAUUCUUUCAAAAACUUAUGAAGAAUUGAAAUUGAAGAAUGUGUUCUUGUCAGACAAAAUGGAAAUUGUUGUUGAAAAUAAGUUAAUAGAUCUCCGUUUCUUCUCUAACGCCUCAAGACGGGACCAAAGAUUCAGGACUGAUCUUAAUAAUAUCAGAGAACGAAUUGAAUUAGUGCUACAAAACAUUAGCUUACUAAAGAGAGAUUACUUAAAUGCAGAAAAAGUAGAUGAAAGAUUUUUAUUUGUAGCAAAGUUUAUUGCAGCAAAUAUUCAUAUAUUAAAACGGCAGUUAAAAUCAACUUAUAAUAGGUUACCUUGGGAAGAAAUAGAAUUCUGUUUAGUCAGUUUUAUUUCUUCUCACAUAAAACGACAAGAACUUAAUCUAUUCUAUUGUUCUACAUUGAAUAAAAGCAAAAUAUUAAAUUAUUUAGAAACUUUUGCGAAGAAAGUUGAAAAAUAUAUUAUAGAAGGGAAUAGUGUACAUAUUGAUACAAUUGCUGAUCCUCCAAACAUAAAACGUGAAAAAGUUAUUGCAGAGAUUAUUAACAGUUACCCUCAAUUCGAAGAAUUGUAUAACGAUUAUCAACAAAUUAGAGAUAUUCAGUCUUUAAAGAAAAUAAGUGAUCAUGUAAAGUUAGCAUUAUCAGUUAAUUGUAAAGAAAGAGAAGGCCAGUUAAUUAUUACAAGGGUUUUACAAGUUAUUGGUGAGCAUUUAAAAAAUACUUUAGAGUCUCCUAAGUUAUCUAAUACUACAAGUGAGCUUUUGUUGCUAUCAUUACCAAAAUAUACAAGAAACAUAAUUAUAGAUUUACGCAAUUCGUUAUCACAUGCUUAUUCACUCUUCAAGAGAACAGAGAUAGAGGAAAAUAAAGAUGUUAAUUUCUUUAUAGGUAUUCAAAAUGAUAUUAAAAAAGUUGGUGAUGUAAUUACUGAUAUUUUUUACAACAAAAAAAUUAAAUUAAUCAGAAUACUGUUAAAAAAGAUAAUUGAAAGUGACAAUUUCGGUGAAAUAAAAGAAGUUGUUGAAGUAUUUGCUACUGUUGAAAUCGACAAAAUGAUUUCGGAAAAUACAAAUUUCAAAAUGAUGGAACACGAGAAGCUUGAAAAUCUUAUUAAAGAAUUGAGCGAUAAUAUAACUGAUAAGACAACUUAUGAAAAGGAGUUGUUCAAUAACAUUAAUAACAUAAUUAAUCUUGCAGAUAUCCAAUCAGAAAACAUUACAAGUAAUUACAUUACAGGAUUUGCAUUAUUAAAGAGCUUAAGCACUUGCUUUGAAAACAUGAUCGACCACAAUAUUAUUAGAGGAAUAAAAUUCUAUGCUAACCAAACAUUAGAGAAGUGGACUUUAAAAAUAAAACCUCAUAAUCUACAAGAAAUUGCAACGUUAUCACUGAAAAUUUUUCAUAGUGUUAGGUCAAGAAUACAAGAUCAAAACUUCGAUAAAGUGAACAAAUUACUUUUGGAAAUUUGUUUUAUUGUUGAAUUUGGAACGGACGACAUUAAAUGGAUUAAAAAAUUCAAGAGCGAGUUAAAUAAAAAAGCUUUUUUUAUUCCUACAUAUAAACAAGGGAAGACUUACAAUAUUACACAAGAAAAAUAUAAUAACCACCUUGCACUGAAACUAUGUGAACUGAAAAAUAUUUUAAACAAUAAUUUAUUAAUUAAUGGCCAAUUAACUGAAACAUUCCCUAUUUAUAAAAACGAUAAAAAAUUACAAGGAGUAGUAGAAAUGCUUGUUUUGGAUAUAAUGUCAAUUUUGGAGCUAAAGAAUUCCCUGGAAAAUAAUCUACUUUUUUUAGAUGAAAAUACUCCUUUAUUACAUGGAAAAUGUUUACGUAAUCAUCUAGCACAUGAUAACGCAUUAGUUGGUAUAUUAUUAUCUGCACCUUCAAAAGCAAUUAUUUUAAACGCUCACAAACUUGUUGAAGAAAAUAAGAAUAAGAAAUUAAUAAGAAAUAACAAAAAAAUGGGCAAGUUAGUGAGUGAUGAUCCUUCCAAAUUGAGAGAGAAAUACGAUCAAGGCUUAGGUACCAUUACCAAUCAGAAAAGACUGUUCGAUGCUUUGCAAGAAGGAAAUUUCGAAAGCUUAAAAGAUUGCCUCAGAGAAGGAGCAGAUAUCAAUGCUAGAAAUGUUGAUUUAUGGACCACAUGGCAUUUUGCUGCUAAGGGACCUAGUCUUGAAGUUAUAAAAUUUCUUCUUGACCAAAAUUUAAGCCUUAAUGUUAAGGAUGUUAAUGGCCAAAGCCCACUGCACAUUGCUGCUGCACAUGGAAGGACAAAUAUUGUGGAUUUCUUCGUAAAAAAAGCAGGUUUAUAUGUUGAUGAUACAGAUAAUAAGAACAAAACACCGCUUCACAUAGCAGCUCAAAAUGGUCACAAGGAUACUGUCGAGAUUCUAUUAGCAAAUGAAGCUAAUACUAUUAACCAAGAUGUACCCGGUCUUUCACCUUUACACUAUGCAAUAAGAAACAAUCAUAUUGACGUUGCGAAGAUUCUGCUAGCAAGAGACAGAAAUGUUGACAUUAAUGAGAUUAUGGGUGGCUAUACUCCAUUGCAUGAAGCUGCAGAACAUGGUCACUUGGAGUUAGUUAAUUUUUUACUUGAAUAUGGAGCAAAUAGUAACGCUAGAAAUGAUAGAGAUUGGACACCAAUACAUGGAGCAGCUCUCAACGGCCAUUUGGAAAUAGUAAACGUUUUAAUUUCGGAGGGAGCUGAUGUUAACGCUAAAGUCCUCGAUGGUUGUACACCAUUACAUUAUGCAGUAGAAACCAGUCGCGAGAAGAUAGCUAGCAUUCUAUUGAAACAUGGAGCUAAUGUUAAUGCCGUUGACAAAACAUAUAAUAAUACAGCUUUACACUAUGCGGCAAAAGAUGGGCAUGAGGGAAUCGUUAAGACUUUACUGAAACAUAAAGCUAAUGCUAGUGUUAAGACCGUUGGAGGUAUAACUCCAUUACAUUUGGCAGUACACAGUGGCCACUUGGAAAUAGUAACUAUUCUCCUGAAACAUGGUGUUAACAUUCAUGCUAAAGAUAAAAAUAAUAAUACACCAUUACAUUAUGCAGUAAAUAGUGCUCAUAUGGAAGUUGUUGAACAUUUAAUAAAAAAUGGAGCAGAAGUUAAUGCUAAAAAUUGUAUUGAUAAAACACCACUACACGUAGCUGCUCUGAACGGGAAUUAUAGUAUUAUUGAUCUUCUGAUAAAAAAUAAAGCCGAAGUUAAUGCUCAAGACAUUCACGGUAAUACACCCAUACAUGAAGCUGCCACGAAUGGUAACAUAGAUGUUAUUGAUCUUCUGAUAAAAAACAAAAUUGAUGUUAAUGUUAGAACCCAUAACGACGUUACACCUUUGCAUCUAGCUGCCCUAAAGAACCGUAUAGAUGCUAUUGUUUUUCUAAUAAAAAGUGGCGCCGCAGUCAAUGCUAGAGCUAAUUAUGGUGUUACACCGUUACAUUCAGCUGUUCUAGAAGGACACAAAAAUGUUGUGGAACUCUUAAUAAAACAUACAGCUGAAGUUGAUGCAAGAGCUAUUGCAGAUGGUACAUUAUUACAUAUGGCUGUGGAAGCAGGUCAUACAGAAAUCGUUAAGAUAUUGGUAGCAAACGGAGCUAAUAUUAAUACCAAGCAUACCAAUCGAACGCCAUUACUUUCAGCAAUUAAAAAUAAUAACAAAGAAAUCGCUGAAAUUCUUAUAGCAAAUGGAGCUGAUGUUGACGAAGAAGAUAGUGGACCUUUAUUUCUAGCGGUGCUUGCAGGCUAUAAAGAUAUUGUAGAAAUGUUGUUAAAAAACGCAGCUCGCGUUAACAUAAGAGGUCUUGAAAACGCUACUCCAUUACAUCUAGCUGCCACAAGAGGUCAUAAGGAAAUAGUGAACGCUUUGAUAAAAAGUGGAGCUGAUAUUGAUGCCAUAACUAUCACUGAUGUAACAUCAUUAUAUGUUGCAGUACAAGAAGGUCAUAAGGAAAUUGUUGAGAUUUUGAUAGCAAAUGGAGCUAAUGUUAACGUUAAAUCUACCGAUGGAACAACACUGUUACAUACAGCAGCCGGAAAUGGACACAGUAAUGUUGUACAAGUCUUACUAAAUAGUAAAGUAAAUAUUAAUAUUAAAGAUAAUAAGAAUAGAACAUCGUUAGAAUUGGCAGUGGCACAUGGUCAUUUAGAAGUGGUUAAAACAUUAUUUCAGUACCAGAAAAUAGAUAUGAAUACUAAGGGUAACGAUAAUUGGACAAUAUUGCACAUUGCUUCACAAGAAAGUAAUCUGGAUAUGGUGAAGUACUUAGUAGAUAAUGGAUCUGACAUAAAUGCUAAAAAUGCCUCUGGCUCAAAGCCCAUGCACAUUGCAGCUAGAGAAGGUCAUAAAGAUACUGUAGAGUUUUUCCUUAGUAAGGGAUUAAAUAUUAACGAUCCUGGUGCAGUUAAUCAGACAUUAUUGCACUAUGCUGCAAUGAAGGGUCAUUUAGCAGUUGUGGAGUACUUAAUAGCGCAAGGUGCUGAUGUUAAUUCUCAAGAUAAAAAUGGCGUAAGUCCUAUGCACCUUGCUGCUACUUUCGGCUAUAAAAAUGUAAUAGAAGUUUUAUUAAAAAAUGGAGCAAUUUAUAAUGUUGUUGACAAAUUGUGUAGGAAACCGUUAAUAAUGUCUAGUGACAAAACCGUUAUCACCUUAUUAGCAUCAACUGAGAACUUAUUUAAGGCUAUACAACAUAAUAAUGUUUUAGAAGUUGAGACUGAGAUCAAAAUGGGUGCGUUUGUUAAUACCAAAAAUGCUAAUGGUGGCACACCACUGCAUUAUGCUGCAUGGAAAGGCAGUAAUAGAAUUGUUAAUCUUUUGUUACAAAAUAGAGCUAAUUCCAAUGCAGUUGGUAAGAAGGGCUUUACUCCUCUACAUUAUGCUGCAAAGUUCUCUCACUUAAAAGUUGUAAAGGCCUUAUUAGCUAAUGGCGCGGUAUAUAAUGCUGUCACUGACGAUGAUAAAACGCCAUUAAAUUUUACUGUAGAUAAAGAUAUAAUUAGAAUAUUUCAAUUAUUGAGUGACUCAUUUAAAAACAUUAACAAUGAUAACUCUAAAGUUAUUAAUGAUCUUAAUAAAAUAAAGGAUGUUGAUACAAUAAAAGCCAUCAUGGGUGCUCGUAAUAGAGAAAACAAAACGCUAGUAGUUGCUGCGAUGCAUAGUAACUUUUCGAAACUUGAACAAUUGAAACAGAUAUCACAAGGUGAUAUAUCCUCCCAGAUCGAAAUAGCUUUAGCACUCAUGAGUCAGACCAAUUAUCAAGCUGCCUUAAAUAUUUUCAGAAGUGCAUUUGAAAAGAGAAAAGAAAUACUAGGACUCGAUAAUCCUGGCACCUUAGAUAUUCAGGUACAUAUGGGUAAAGCAUUAUACGUACAAGGAUGUUACCAAGAAGCUUUAAAUACAUUUGAGGAAAUUUUCCAGAAACGGAAAGAAGUCCUGGGUUUAAAUCAUACAGACACUUUAAGUACAAGAAGUAUAAUUGCUCUAGUGCUGCAUAGAUUAGGAAAAAACGAGGAAGCUUAUAAUAUUUAUCAAGAAGUUUAUCAAAAACAAAAAGAGAUAUUAGGAUCGAAUCACUCAGAUACUUUAGAUACUCAGUUUCAUAUGGCACUAGUAUUGGAUGCACUAGAAAAAUACGAAGAAGCCUUAAAUAUCAAUAGGAUAGUUUUUGAAAGAAGAAAGAACAUGUCAGGUGCGACAAACGCAGCGAAUGCUGUGCGUGCUCAAAAUAAUAUAGCGAUGGUAUUGUGUAAUCAGGGUAAUUAUGCAGAGGCAUUGGAGAUUUAUAAAGACGUUUACGAAAUGAAAAAAGUAAUUUUCGGUGUUACGCAUUCUGAUACUUUGAGGACAUUACAUAACAUGGCCGGAGUACUGGUCAAACAAGAGAAAUAUCAGGAAGCCUUGAAAGCUCAUCAAGAAGUUUUAGAUAUCCAAAAAAACGUUUUAGGACCAAAUCAUUUUGAUACCCUAAAUACUCAGUAUAAUAUGGCAAAUGUACUUUUUGUUCAAGGCAAAUGGAUUGGUGCAUUAAAAGCUUACAAAGAAUGUUUGGAUCAAAGAAAAGCAGUGUUUGGAGCAACUCAUCCUAGUGUUUUGAAUAUUGUACAACAGAUAGAAGUAAUUAAAGUGAUAUUUAAACUUCAGGGCAGUAGCGAAUCGGAAAUCUUGCAACAUCUGCAAAAAGAAAUUAACAUUGCUGCUAAUAAUGGUGAUGUACAAACUGUGCAACGUCUAUUAAAAGGUGGAGCUAGUGCCAAUGAGAAAGACAUUGAUGGAAGAACACCACUACAUUACGCUAUUGGCAAUAGACAGAUAGGUGUUGUGAACGUCUUACUAAAAAGCGGAGCUGAUGUUACUCAAGGUACUAAUAAAGGUAAUACACCACUACACACAGCUACUUCUAAAGGUUAUAAAGAAAUUGUCGAAGUUUUGUUACAACAUGUGAGUCGUAAUAAAUUAAAUGACUUUAUUAAUGCUAAAACCGCUGCUAGCGGCAGUACGUCACUUCACGUUGCAGCCAGUAAUGGGUACUUAGAGAUUGUCAAAUCUUUACUGAAGCAUGGUGCAACCUAUAAUAUUGAGAAUAAAGAAGGUAAGAUACCUCUUGAUCUUUCCAAAUACCAGAGUGUUACUGAUUUGCUGCAACUGGUUGAAGAGUUAUUUAAAGAUGCAAAAAAGGGUAAUAUUGAAAUUAUUAGCAAGUUAAAAGCAGUAAACGCAGAUGAGUUCGUAGCUGCAAUGUAUACUCGUAAUGAUCAAGGAAAUACGCUGUUACAAGUUACUAUAUCUAAUAAACACAUGAAUAUUACGAGUAAAAUGUUAGAAAUGCUAACACUGUCAGAUCAAAAUUUAUGUUAAAAUAUUAGAGAGAGUCAAAGAGUUUAAAUGACAUGGAAGUAUUUAUGUAGAUCCUUCCUCAAUAACAAUAACUGUGGACUAGAAAAAUCAUGAAAGUACAGGUCAACAACUUCUUUUUUUUGCAUGAAUUGCCAAUAUUUUAAAUUAAAACUCGAUCGCUUCUUAACAAAUUUCGGUAUACAUCACUUACUAUAAAAGACAUAUCAUGUUGUAUCUUUCAUGUGAUUGAAGAAAACCCUUCUAGGUAAGACAAGUUCCUAAUGAAACUUAAUUAACACUCUGACUCGUUUCUUAUACAAUUUAAGAAAACUUACGUAGUGAUUCGAAAAUAAAAUGCCAACAUGCGUACUUGUGUAUUGUGUGCGUGUGUGUUUGAGGGAAUUUUUAUCUUUGGGUGUUUUUUACGAGUUUGUUUUAUGCUUGUUUUAAUGUAUGUUGUAUUUAUUAAUAUUAAAAAUUCAGGACUAUAGUUUUAGAUGUUCUCAAGAGUCAUAAUUUUAUAGUAUGAAGGUUUUUUGUAUGUAAUAGGUUUAUUGUUAUAAUAUUAUGGAUAAACGUUUGAGUCUUUAUAUUUAA